UAUACCUUUCUUCCAACAACAACAAGAAAAAUUUCUCUGCUCGUCGAAAUCUCCAACACGCAGAAUUGUUUUUUCUGCACUUUUUUGUUCUCUUCUUGGAAUCCAAGUAUUGAUCUUUUAGUAUUGUUGUGAAUGGUGGAAACAAUUCGGAUGCUCCCCCUCUGGAACGCUCUCCUCGCCUCUACUUUCGCUUUCGAUUCUUGCAAGGAAAGCUGGUACCACCAUUGCCUCGGCCUUGACCCAUAAACAACCUAGAAAAUCUUCAACCUCCCCCAUAUAACCCAGAUUGUUUUUUGGUUUAAAGCAAAAAACAACAUAAACCCAUUGUCGGUGAAAUAUUCAUUCACCUUCUUGUUGGUUUGAUCUUUGGGUUUUGAUAAAGUCGAAUACAUGGCGGUUUACAGGCAGAAGAAGAAUCAAGGUCCCAAGGGCAAGAGGCUCUUGAUUAGCAUAACUUUUUUGGGAAGUGCAGGGCCGAUCCGCCUCAUCGUCAACGAAGAAGAACUUGUUGCUGCUGUCAUUGAUACUGCUCUGAAAUCCUAUGCUCGUGAAGGUCGGCUUCCUGUUCUCGGGUCGAAUCUCAAUGAUUUCCUACUUUAUUGCCCCAGUGCUGGUUCAGAUGCACUGAGUCCAUGGGCGACAAUCGGAUCACAAGGGGCACGAAAUUUCAAGUUGUGGAAGAAGCAAAGAACUGAGAAGGUGGAAGAUGAUGGAAGAAGUUCAACUCAAGCAAUUACUACAAAUGAAGAUGGGAAUUGGAAGGCAUGGACCAACAAAUUCCUCAAACUUAAGAUUUCCUCCCAUUAAUAAUUCUCAAUCCUUUAUGUUCUUUAUUUCUUGGAUUAGGGUUUAGGCUGUCAUUGAUGACCAUGGUAUAAUGUUGGUUAUCAUUGCAUGCUAUGAACUCGUUCGAGUAAGAAAGAGCUGGAGUAUUGUUAUUCUGGAAUAAAUUAAAGGUUUUAUUCUGUUUUUUUGCUUUUCAAAUAAAAAUAAAUAAAUCUCAAUAUUUUUCCUAUGAUUUAAUCAAAUAGAUAUA